AUGUUUGUUCCUUGCCUGCAGAGAAAGAGGAAGAAAGCCCAGAUGUUGUUCAACCAGGAGGUGAUGAUCGAGCAGAACCGGCAGCAGCAGCUCUUCGAACAGCAGCUAAGACAG